AUGCUUUCUGCUUUCACCAAACCAUUAUCUAUUAGAAUGGCAUCGAGAGCCUUUUCUACAACAGCUUGUACAAAGCGUAUUGAGACGGAUGCUUUUGGAGAGAUCGAGGUGCCUGGUGACAAAUACUGGGGUGCUCAAACGGAGCGUUCACGCCAGAACUUCAAGAUUGGAGGAGAAAAGGCCCGGAUGCCCGAGCCUGUCGUCAGAUCCUUUGGUAUCUUGAAGAAGGCUGCGGCCAUUGUCAAUACUGAAUUAGGUGUUCUAGACCCUAAACUCUCCCAAGCCAUUCAACAGGCUGCCACAGAGGUUUCUGAGGGUAAAUUGGACGAAGACUUCCCAUUGGUUGUUUUCCAGACUGGUUCUGGUACCCAGUCCAAUAUGAAUGCCAACGAGGUUAUCUCUAAUAGGGCCAUUGAAAUUCUGGGUGGCCAACUAGGCUCUAAGAAGCCUGUUCACCCCAAUGACCACGUGAACAUGUCUCAGUCAUCUAAUGAUACAUUUCCUACGGUGAUGCACAUUGCCGCGUUAACUCAGAUUUCAAAUAACUUGCUUCCAGCUUUACAGGCGCUAAGGGACUCGUUGCAGAGGAAAUCUGACGAGUUCGAGCAUAUCAUCAAGAUUGGAAGGACCCAUUUGCAGGACGCUACUCCUUUGACUUUGGGACAGGAGUUCUCUGGUUAUGUUUCUCAGCUAGACAAUGGCCUUAGACGUGUCAAGACCGCUUCUGAGUCUCUCAGAUAUUUAGCCCAAGGUGGUACCGCUGUCGGUACUGGAUUGAAUACUAGAAUCGGAUUUGCCGAGAAGAUUGCUGAACAGAUUACUAAGUUGACUGGGAUCCAGUUUUAUACUGCACCAAAUAAGUUUGAGGCUCUUGCUGCACACGACGCUAUCGUUGAGGUGUCUGGUGCCUUAAACACCGUUGCUGCCUCUCUUUUCAAGAUCGCCCAGGAUAUAAGAUACUUGGGAUCCGGUCCAAGAUGCGGUUACCACGAAUUAUCCUUGCCUGAAAACGAACCCGGUUCGUCCAUUAUGCCAGGUAAAGUCAACCCUACUCAAAAUGAGGCUUUGACUAUGGUGUGCACUCAGGUUUUUGGUAACAACUCUACUAUUACUUUUGCCGGUGCUUCUGGUCAGUUCGAACUAAACGUUUUCAAGCCAGUUUUGAUUGCCAACUUACUUUCCUCUAUCAGAUUGAUCGGUGAUGGAUGCAAUUCAUUCCGUGUUCACUGCGUGGAUGGUAUUAAGGCCAAUGAGGAUCGUAUCAACUACUUAAUGCAGCAGUCUUUGAUGUUGGUUACUGCUUUGAGUCCUAAGAUCGGCUAUGAUAAAGCCUCCAAGAUUGCAAAAAAUGCCAACAAGAGGGGACUUACUUUAAAGGAAUCUGCUCUCGAACUAGGCUAUUUGACCUCUGAGGAAUUCGACGACGCCGUUAAACCUGAGGAAAUGCUUGGUCCAAAGGCUUAA